AUGCCCGGCACUACCUCUCAUACUCUUUCGCCUGUGACAAACGGCAACAGCGUGGCGCCCCAAAGCGCAGUCACCCACCUUUCCGCUUUGUCUGACGACAUUCAAACAAAAACCGCGCUUCUCACCAAUAGCCUCAACGAGAAACACCUUGAUGCACCAUCUUUCAAGCUUGGUGGAUCAACAAGCUUUGCUCUAGAUGAGCUGGAUCUCCAGGACAAGGCUACCAGAAAUGAACUCAUAGCCCUUACCAAGGAGCUUCACGACUUGCUUGUUGGCCCUAAGGAUGCCCUCAAGAACUUGGCGUGGAAUUCGGUUAGCUACAUUCCCCUCGAAGCCAUUUGCGAGUUCCGCAUCGCCGAGGCCGUGCCUCCCUCGGGAUGCAUCUCAUACGUCGACCUCGCCGUCAAAAUACAACAGCUCACGGACAUCAAAGUCACUGUUUCUGAUUUGAAGUGCAUAUUACGCCUCGCCAUGGCAAAUGACCUGUUUUCCGAGCCCAUCCCAGACCACGUCGCACACAGCCGAACAUCCCUGCUCCUGUUGGAGGACCCGAGUGUGGCAAGUUGGGUCGCCAUGUUCACCACCGAUCUUCUUCGGCCCAUUGUCAACACCGUUGAGGCCAUGAAAAAGUGGCCAGGCUCGCAAGAGCCCAACGAGACUGGCGUCAACAUAGCUUACCGAAAUGACAUCCCCUUCUUCGAGUUCAUGCAGUCGGACCACGCGAGAAUGAAGCGUUACGGCCUCGCUAUGAAGGCACAAGGUGAUCGUGAUGGAUAUGAUCUGUCACAUACCACGAACGGAUACCCCUGGUCCGAACUAGGGGCCGCAAGAGUCGUCGAUAUUGGUGGAAGCCAAGGUCACGUUGCUUUUGCGCUCGCGGAAGCCUUCCCGCAGCUGUCCUUUAUCGUGCAGGACAAGGCGGAGACGCGAACCGAGCAGACGAUCGGGCAGGUUCCGCAGCAUCUGGCCGCUCGUGUCGAGCUGAUGGCGCACGACUGCUUCAAUCCGCAGCCCGUGGAGGCUGACGUCUACUUUUUCCGCCACGUAUUCCACGCCUUCUCCGACAAGUAUGCCGUCACAGCGCUCAAGGCGCUCGUACCGGUGAUGAAGCCCGGGGCGCGGGUGGUCAUUAACGACUAUGUCCUGCCCCCACCGGGGACCCUAUCGAAGAGCGACGAGAAGAGCGUCCGUACCAUGGACCUGCUGAUGAGGGCCGUAUGCAACGCGCGGGAGCGGGAGGCGGGUGAUUGGGCGUCGCUCUUUGCGCAGGCUGAUCUCCGGUUCCGAUGGAAGGGUGCUACCAAAACAGCGGGAAAACUGUCGUUUAUUGAAGCAGUGUGGGACGACAAGGAAGUGGAGGAGCAUACGGGUGAGCCGGAUGCGCGGCACCGCGGGCCAUCUAAUGGAUCAUCUAAUGGGUCGUGA